AUGGCCUCUAAAGCCAAUAGAGUCAUCGCUCCCUCAACAGACAUCCAAUCAUUCACCGAGUACUUGAAAGGCUGCCGGCGAAUCCUCGCUCUUCUAGGAGCGGGCAUUUCCGCGGCUUCGGGGCUCCCCACGUUUCGUGGUGCUGGAGGACUGUGGCGCCAAUAUGAUGCGACUUCUCUAGCAACUCCAGAGGCUUUUGAAGACCACCCGGGGUUGGUCUGGCAGUUCUACAGCUAUCGGAGGCAUAUGGCCUUGCAGGCACAGCCGAACAAAGCCCAUUACGCGCUAGCGGAGCUGGCUCGAAGGAACAAGGAUUUUAUCACUCUAUCUCAGAAUGUCGAUGGCCUCUCGCAACGAGCGCAGCACCCCUCGGAGCAGUUGAAUCUGCUUCACGGGUCUCUAUUCAACAUCAAAUGCACCUCAUUUUACUGCAACUACACUCGCGAAAAUGAUUUCACAGACCCAAUCGUCCCUGCCUUGGAUAUCCCCAUGCAAUCUUCAUCACCGACUCCAUCAGAAACAGACAAGACGGGCGAAGAAGCAUCCAAGUCACUCCACGAGGCUCUAGAAGAGACCGUCAAGGCAAAGGAAGUCGACAUCUCCGACGCAAGUAAUCCGAUUCCCAAGUUGGCUCCAGCAGACCUGCCUCAGUGCCCCAAGUGCAAGGGCCUGUUACGGCCAGGCGUCGUCUGGUUUGGCGAGGCUCUUCCCACCGAUACUAUCAAGAACGUUGACAGUUGGAUCGAAUCUGCUCCCGUCGACCUCAUAUUGGUGAUCGGCACGAGCUCGAGCGUGUAUCCGGCGGCGUUGUAUGUUGAUGUGGCCCGCGAGCAUGGGGCGAAGGUCGUGGUUGUUAAUAUGGAGAAGGACAUGCCUAAUCGUGGGCGGGGGACGUGUGACUGGUUUUUCCAGGGUGAUGCAAGCGUUAUCGUACCGGAGAUUUUGAAGAGCGUUAUUGGAGAGGUUUGA